AAGAUGACAGAAUUGCCCCACAAUUUGCUCGACAAGAAUGACAAGAAUGACGACAAUUCAAGCGUUCAUUUAAAGCCAAACGACAGGCGAAAGAGUAAAAGUCGUUCGCGAAGUGUCUCUCCGGCCAGAGAGUCCACAUCUCGACCCCAAUCUCGACCCCCAUCUCAGAUCAUAUCACACGCCGAGUCAUCGACUGCUGUCGGCGGCGGCGAUGAGACGGCCGGCAGUUUUUAUGAAGAGCCAAAAGAGUUUGAAGUCGACGACGAGUUUAAUCUACCCAUAAGUGUAGCCGUUAUUCUGUUACUCAGUUAUAUGAUGAUCGGCGCCGCCGUCUUCACUCUAUGGGAAGAGUGGACUUUCUUCGAGUCCUUCUACUUUGUCUAUAUAUCUCUGUCGACCAUUGGUUUCGGUGAUUAUGUGCCCAAACAUCCCAUAUUCAUGAUGUGUACGUUUAUAUACUUACUGUUUGGUCUGGCGUUG